AUGGCAGGACACGAAUCGCCAGCGGCCCUGGCCUAUCUGGUUUCUGAAGGACUGCUACCGGCGAAUCCCCUUCCAGAGCUGUACCAAUGGGAAUGUCAUGCUUCAUGGGACGGAGACGAUGAGAUCCAAGAGGAAAUACUGGCCACCAAGGACUGUGUCGUCUGGUCACAUGGGCAAUUUGUCCAGAAUGUGUAUCGCUUCGAGCUCGAGGGAGAGGCCGUCGUUCAAGCCGUGUUGACACAGUUCCCAACGGUUGACAGCAUCGUCACGCGCUUCUCCGUCGAAUCAUCGACUUCCCGGGCGCUGAUCGUGUUCUUGAAGACCAAGGCACAUGUGCACUUCCUAAAUGGCUCCACUCAUAUCCUCGACCUGCCCGUCGAAGUCGAGAAGGCUUUUCCUGCGCCAUGCGGUGUCAUCGUGCAAAGAAAAUCAUCACCUACCCCGUCAUUGCCUCCAACGCCGCAAUUUCCUAGAGCACCACCCAGUUCUUUUCUAUCCCCAAGGAACUGGCAAUCGGCAUCCUUUCUGGCGUCUCCAACAGUUGCAAAAAGCUUUGGCGGUACGCCGCCAUCCCGUUCAGAUCCACUGGCGAGCAAGAACCGACUGGAUGCUCUGUUUCAAGAUGCUUUUGGCAGUCCUGGCGAGCCUCACGAUGAGGAUCUGGCCCCUUUAUACUCCUUGACAAACCCUCUAGCGGACUUUGGAGUUGUAACGUACUCUUCGCAUAAUCUCAAGCCACGACUGUCGAGCAAGUCGCCAUCCGGCAUGAGCGUGGAAUUCGAGCCUCUGAGUGCCAGUGAGCAGGUGGUCUAUGUUUCACCGACGGAUGAACUGAGGAGCGGGACACGAUCAGACAGCGGAUCACUUAUGCUCAUCGUCACUACGAAUAACGAACUCCAUACUCUCACAAUCUGGCAUGCGUGGCAAGUCCAAGAGAGGUCUCUGGCUUCGCUGAUGAAGCAAAGAGCGGCACAAAAGGCUGCAAGUGCAAGACGGCGAAGUUCUUUCCUUAGCGCCAGCAUGGUUGCGACUGGGACAACGACGCCUGGAGUUCGCCAACGAGAGGGGACCCGCGAAAGUAUGGCCGCUGCGGGCUCCAUUCGACUGCCCAGUGAACUCGCAGCUCCCCAUCCCGGCCCUUCUUCUUCCCGGAAACCCACGAGACAGGAGGAGGAAGACGCCAUGGCAUCGCAGAUGGAUCCAGACUAUCAUCCUACAGCUUCGCAGCAGAAUGCCAGAGAAAGCAGGCGAAUCAGCUCUAUGAACUCCGAUGUCCGAGGCAGCCAGAAUGCAGCACAUGCUGCUUCUAGCGUGCCCGGUGGACGGCGAAAUACUUCGUUUGGUGGAUACAACGAUCGCAGAAGUUUCGGUCACCGCAAAAGUCGUGGCUCCACCCCCGGAAGUACAUUCAGUCGAAGUCUCGGCCCGGAUGAUGACUCCAUGGAUACCAACGGCGAUCUGGAUAUCAAUGGAGAUGAGACCGUGGAGGCCAUUAUGCGACAGAUCCGAGCUGCCUCUGAGGCUGCCGGCGCUGAGAAUAUCUUCGGUGGCGGCGAUGGCGACUUGAAGAAAGAGCUUGUUGCCAGGAAGCUCCACUCAAUCCCGCUGGCCUUCGAUCACUCGUCGGUGGGCAUCACUGCGAAUGCAAUCCAAGUGGCUACGCUUGGGGAUAGCUUGCCGCUGCCAGAAAGCAAUGAUCAGAGACUCAACGUGUAUAUACAUGAGCGAGCCACUAACACACUCACAACCUUACACUUCUUGGUGAAGCAUCGGACUCUGAACCACAUGCCAGGCGCGUCAUCCAAUGUUGCCGUUCCGCUACUGGUUCACGAAUCGAGGAUUGAGUCAUGUGGUGGGAUCACCAAAAUCAGAGACAAGGGUAGGGAAGCUUUGUUGCUUGAGGGCCAGGGCUUGCUCUUCUCGCCAGAUGACCGGUCGCCGUCAGAACCUCAGAUAAACGCUUCUGAGCUUGGGAAGAUCAGGCUGCGGCCGGAUUCUGGUCGAAUAGAGAAGCUACUCAGAGUCUGCCGACUCGUGCUCCUGAGACAGCAAGGCGCGAAGAUGCUGCCUCUCUGGCACACCGCGCACGCUUGGUUGUUACGAAAUCCAUCAGUCCUCCAGACCACUGCUGCUGAUCCCGAGUGGCUGGCAUUUGCAACGACUAUCCUUGGACUGGUUCUUCCAGCCCUUGAUGAUGAGACCAGAUCAACCCUGCGAAGCUUGCCGGCCGAAGGCUUCGAGUCUGUUUGGAAAGCUAGGCUGCUACGGCAACAGCAAGAAUCCAUGCUAUCCAUGGACGCGGCCUGGCGCUGGAUGUACAGAGAGGAAGUUCCGAAAGGCCACGAGUCACAAAGAGACGCUUUCCUCACCAUUGCCGCUUCGCUCGCGAAUCAACUGGAUCAGUCUACGCCGCAGCGGGCUGGUGAACACUCUAGCUCACAGAUCAGAAUGACAGGCAUCAAAUUGAUGCUGGGUCUUCAUGUGUUCAAUGAGGAGCAGAAACUCUGCACUCUCAACUCAGGGUCUUCAUCAUCGGCUUUCUUGCCGGCGAUCAUUGCACAACUUGGGAAUUGGCUGGGCGUGCGACCAUGGAGCUUCUCGCCUGGUUGCUACUACCACAUGGAAGGGGCGCGUGAAGAGCGAUGGCAGUUUGUCCGGUCUCAGAUGCGCGACUCUUCGGAUCCCAUUCCCUUGAUGCCAGAGCCGGUGGGCAUCACACAUUGGUUCGAGCGUGCUCUUGAAACACAUUCGGAUGAACAGUAUCCCACAUUGGACAUUAUUGCGUCGCUAGACACCGGACCAACCCUAUCGGGUGAGUACAAAACUGAGUGUACCCAGUCAACCCCUCGAAUCGAAACCCUGUCUGGUUUGCUGGCAUCGACUUCUGGCUUCGCGAAAGAUGCUGCUACCACAGUCGAGGCCAUGGCUAGCCAUCUCAUGACAACUGAGAUGCUAGAAAGCAUGCCAUCUGGCAUCGCCGCUCCGUUCAGAGAAGCGAUUGCUAGGUGUGAGAAAGAGCCGCGCACCACAUGGUCCUCAAGCUUGUUGAGUCUGGUUGGGCGAGAUGAUCUCGACACCGACACGAGAGCGCAGCCUCUCCCGUUCCCGCAUUCCACUUUCCCCGCUCUUCUUGCCACAAAGGAUGUUCAGACGGUCUGCAACGCACUAGACCAUCAUCCUCACAUCGGCAAGACAAAGGAAGCGAAACGCCAUGCUGUCUCGCGUUUGAUCUUCAACGAAGACCGCCGUUUGGUGGAAGCGGUCAGCUUGAUGCACUACAACAGCCCGCAAGUGGCAGAAUGCCCCAAGCAGCCAGACUGGAGCGAUGCACACCACCUCGAGCAGCAAAGGAAGCUCAUGCAGUGGGUCACCAUUCGCAUGAUUGCCUUGCCCGCUGGGGAUGGAAUGAUACACUUCGACUCUCAGACGCCUCUAUUGACGGACCGAUACCACCUGGCUGGUUUCAGCAAUUCUUGCUUGAUGCAACCCAUGGGCCACACAAUGACGACUGACAAAAGCGGGCUCACCGAGGAGCGGGUGAACUGGGCAUACUUCCACGCUGGUGUGUCUGCUGGUCUCCGUAUCUCUCGCACCAUAGAAGGCAUCGAUACCUCGUGGAUUGCCUUCAACAAGCCGAAUGACCUGACGAAUCGACAUGCCGGACUACUGUUGGCUCUGGGCCUCAAUGGCCACCUGCGCAAUCUGGCGAAGUGGCUGUCGUUCAAGUAUCUCACCCCGAAACACACUAUGACGUCUGUCGGUCUGCUUCUCGGCCUGUCCGCAUCGUAUAUGGGCACUAUGGACACUCUCAUUACUCGCAUGCUCUCAGUACACAUCACUCGGAUGCUUCCUCCUGGCGCGGCGGAGCUCAAUGUGUCGCCCAUCACUCAGACAGCUGGUCUUAUGGGCAUUGGCUUGCUGUACUACAAUACGCAACAUCGUCGCAUGAGCGAGAUCAUGCUAUCAGAGAUUGAACACAUGGAGCUCGAAGAUCCCGACAGCGGACCGGAUCCUUUGCGAGACGAGUCAUACCGUCUUGCUGCCGGGCUUGCGCUGGGUUUCAUCAACCUAGGUAAAGGCAAGGACCUUCGCGGCCUCCAUGGCAUGUACCUUCCCGAGCGGCUUUUGGCUAUCGCUGUCGGACCCAGACCAGUCCACGCUGUACACGUCUUCGACAGAGCUACAGCUGGUGCUGUCGUUGCUGUUGCUCUGGUGUAUAUGAAGUCAGGAGACCGAGCUAUGGCUCACAAGAUCGAUGUGCCAGACACAGAAGCCCAAUUUGACCACGUUAGACCCGAUGUCCUACUGCUGCGAGCGAUGGCGAGGCAUAUCAUCUUGUGGGACGGCAUCGCGGUCCAGGAGCCUUCGCCAGACAGGCCACAAUGGAUCUACGCCAAUCUGCCGAAAUGCUAUCAAGUCCGCUACAAGUCUCUUCAGACUCGCGGAUUUGCGCACUGUGCGAAGAGCUCCGACAUCCCCUUCUUCAAUAUCGCUACAGGACUCGCGUGGGCGCUUAGUCUCAAAUACGCUGGCACAGGCAAUGUCCAUGCGCGAGAUGAGAUUCUGACCCUGCUAGGCUGCUUUCCCUCAUUCCCCGGUGGGAUCGCUUCAGAGGCGUAUGCCCGAGCAUUCAACUACGACACCAGAUUGACUCGAUCCACUCUGCGUCGCUGCAUGGACGUCCUCGCUGUGUCUGCUGCUACCGUCAUGGCUGGUACAGGCGACUUGCAGACCUUCCGACACCUUCGCCGUCUACACGGACGCACGAACCCCGACACGUCCUACGGGUCUCAUUUAGCCUCUCACCUGGCGAUCGGCAUCCUCUUCAUGGGUGGCGGGACGUAUACGUUUGGCACAUCGAACCUCGCCAUUGCGUCGCUGAUCUGCGCCUUCUACCCUCUAUACCCAACCGACGUGCAAGACAACCACGUCCACCUGCAAGCCUUCCGCCACCUCUGGGUCUUCGCAGCCGAAGCGAGGUGUCUCAUCGUCGAAGACAUCGACACCAAACAACCCAUCUCAAUGCCACUCCUCGUCUCCCUAAAAGACGGCACAACAAAAGCAAUGACAGCCCCCAGCCUCCUACCCGAACUAGACAGCAUCGCCACAGUGCAAACCAACGAUCCCUCCUACUGGCGCGUAACGCUCGACUUCGCCGCCAACCCCACGCACCUCGCCGCCUUCAAACAAAACCAGCGCAUCUUCGUCCGCCACUGUCCGGCUUCAGAAGCGCACACCUCCACCUUCUCCGCUACCCUUUCGGCGCUCAACGGCACCGACGCCGCUUCUCAAUCCAUCCAGCCUGCCAACUCCGUGCAGCAGACGUGGCAGAGCAUUUUCGCCCUUCCCGUUUUCAAGGAGCUGGAGAAGGCGGAGUUGGAACUUGUCUUGCCGCCUGACGUGCACAGUUCUGUUUAUACGGAUGAGAGGGAGACGGUGGUUGAUGAUCGGUUAGCGCUUGUGCGGGGUGUAGAGGGUGGGGAUAGGGGGGAGUUGUGGAAUUUGAGGGUACUAUUUGCUUGGGCGGAGAAGGUGAGGGAUGAAGGGGAUGGGAGGUUGAAGUGGAUUGGAAGUGAGGUUGUGGAUGGGUUGAGGGCGAGGAUUGAGGAGAAGCAGAGGGUUAUUCAGUGA